AUGUCUCGUGGAGCAUCAUCAGGCUACGAUAGAUUCAUCACAGUCUUUUCACCUGAAGGAAGAUUGUAUCAAGUGGAGUAUGCCUUUAAGGCCGUUAAAACACCUGGAAUUACAACAAUUGGUAUUCGUGGAAAGGAUUCAUGUUGUAUUGUAACACAAAAGAAAGUACCCGAUAGACUUUUGAAAGCCGAGUCUGUUACUCAUGUCUUCAAAAUUACUGAUCGUAUCGGAUGUGUAAUGACUGGAAGAAUUGCCGAUGCCAGGGUGAAUGUCCAAAGAGUAAGAUAUGAAGCAGCAUCAUUUGAAUUUAAAUUUGGAUAUGAAAUUCCAGUUUCAUAUUUGGCAAAGAGAAUGGCUGAUCAUGGUCAACUUUUUACUCAAUAUGCUGGUAUUAGACCACAAGGAGUGGUGAUGAUGUUGAUUGGUAUUGAUGAAGAAACAAAGGAACCACAAUUGUACAAGGUUGAUCCUGCUGGCUACUAUGCUGGCUAUUUUGCUACAAGUGCUGGACAAAAAGAAACAGAAGCACAAAACUUUUUGGAAAAGAAGUUAAAGGAUAUAAAGCCAAGUGAAGAUAGUACUGAAUGUGUGUUGUCAACCCAAGAGACAGUUCAACUUGCAAUCGGAAGUUUACAAUCAGUGCUUAGUCAAGAACUCAAGUCUAGUGACAUUGAAGUUUGCAUUGUUUCUGGAGAAGAUCGUAAAUUCAAGGUCUUGACUGCUGACGAAGUGGACACUGUUUUGAAUGCCCUCGCAGAAAGAGAUUAA